AUGGAACUUACCCCUUUCUCUAAGGGGCUAUGGACAGGUGACAAUAAAUUUCUGCAUCAUCACUUCACUGACAUACUAACAAGUGUGCACAUUACCCGGGAGAUCCCCGAAGAUGCUGUUUUCGGUCCCUGCAUCCUCCAGAACAACUUUUACGACACAAUCGCGUUCAUUGCCUUGAAGUCUUCAGAUCGGAGAUGUGUACCCUAUGUGUUCCGGGUGGAUAUAACUGCGUUGAAUAGUUCCACGGAUGGGUUGUCUUGGUUGCGGCUGGUACAAGCGGCGAACAACGCCAAGGAGCAGAACUUGGAGGCUUACCUGAAGAGCGGACAACUGUAUUACCGCUCUACGCGGAGGAUUAGAAGGGACGAGGAGCUCUUCGUGUGGUACGACAACGAACUCUCCACGCUCCUCGGCUUCACUGAUAUCAAAACUCGUACUGGCUCAAACAGUGAGUAAUCCGGACACCACGCAAAAUGCGCGGACUGCGGCCAGGAACUGAAGUAUGAAAAUCCAUAUCUGGCCCACGUUCGAUUCUUUUGCGGAAAGAGGAAGGAUUAUCUCUGGCGAGAUUUUCAGACCCUUGGCUUUGGUCACAGUGGCCUUUUUAAAGACCCUUCCAAGAACGCUGAGCUCAAAGAUAAGAGCAAGGUGACCAACUUUCAUAGGAUCGCCCAUGACUUGGAACACUCUAAGAAGAAAUCAAUGGCACAGGUCGAGGAGCGACCGCCCUCCGAAAAACACCCCAACAAGCGGAAACUAGAAGGUGCAGAGGACAACAAAAGCAGGAAAACGGUCUUAUUGGAGAAAACAAAUAACCUGGUGUGCGUCCAGAACGGAAUUUCUAAAGAUGAGCCAAGUGUUUUCCCGACGCUUGCGGUUUCUGUUUGGAAACUUAAUUCUGAUAAGUAUUUGUUGAAGAAGGAUUCAUCGGAGCAUAAAGCAAGUGCAUUUACUGAGGUUCGAAGACAGCGCGAAAAAGCCAAAGCUGAAAAAUUAGACGGCAGUGCUAAAGAUGAAACCCCUGACUUGACGAGGAAGGUGGGUGCAAGAGCAGAGGUGGGUCUCAGUUCCUCUGGCAGCGCCUUCUCUUCAGUUUUGCCUUCUGGUGUCAGAGCAGAUGAGCAGAAGAGUGCAUUCUGUCAGCCAUGCAGACGAACGGGGGAAGGGACCCCUUUGCUUCUGAGCCAUGCUACUGCUGAGGUCGCCGGGGAUUUAUCUGAUUCCACCGCUACGAGUCAUCUCCUGGGUCCCACUAAUCUGCUAAACUCUAAGUCUAUCAACACUGAUCUUGGCAAUUCUCACAUAUUACACGCAAGUGUUGCAACCGGCAGCCCACUUUUAUACCCCACUGACAUGUGGCCAAAACCGGUUGGCGUUCAACUCCAAUCCACGUCCACGCUGACACUGCUCCCCCCAUCCUACACGUCCUUCGGGGUUUCUGCUCAGAACUGGUGCGCCAAAUGCAACGCGUCCUUUCGAAUGACUUCAGACCUGGUGUUUCACAUGAGGUCUCACCACAAAAAAGAGUAUGCAACCGACUACUUGAACAAGAGAAGGCGAGAGGAAAAGUUGACGUGCCCGAUAUGUAAUGAGUUUUUUAGAGAGCGCCAUCAUCUAUCCCGACACAUGACAUCUCACAAUUGA